UUUUCGUUUUUUUGAGGUUUCCGACUUUUUUAGCCAGAGCGAUCUUAUAAAUAUUUUCUCGGGACCUAACUUGAGAAAAUUAUUUUUUAUUUAUUUUGAGAGAAAAUAUUGCUUUAAAUUUUUAAGAUAAGUAGACAAAUGCAAAUGUUAGCACUAACAGAAGGCGCAUUUUUAAAACAUUUGGAAAUGGCACUUUUAACAACCUCUGGAACAAAAGAUUUUCGUAUACUUGCCAACAAACAAUUGAGUGGGUAUCUUAUAGCUUUGUGGAUUGCCGAAAACCAAUCUGCCAAAGAUUUAUUAAAUCGUUGCCUGGAUCAACUUAAAAGUGUUCAAAUAACUUUAGAAGCUCGUUUAGACACUUUAUUACAACAUUGGAAUUUGGAACAAAAACUUACUUUUUUACAAAAUCAUCGUGUUAGGGAAGAGCAGCAAAAGGCAACACAACGCCCUGUUGUGUUGAGAAAGAGAAGAAGACAAGUUAAAGCUACUGCAAAUUGGAAAAGUUUUUGUUAUUAUUUCGCUCAAAACCAUUCUCGUGCAGAUUUAAUAUGGAAUGAAAAAACUCGAGACGAAUUUCGACAAGCUAUUGCUAAUGAAAUGCGUUUAUUACAACAUGAAUUAGAAUUUGUACAAUCAGAAACUGAAAUAGCUUGGAAUCAUUCUGAAUUUUUGAUUAAUUACAAUUCUUUGUCUGAUGAAGUUAGAAUUGGUGAAUAUUAUUUAAGAUUUUUAUUAUCUGAAGAAAAUAAUGUAGAGACGGCUACGCCUAUUCAUAGACCUCAAGAAUUUUUCAACAACAUUUACCAUCGUUUUUUGCUUGCCCAACGAAAUGAAAUGCGUUGUAUAUGUUUACGUGCAAUGGCUAUUGUUUAUGAACGUCAUUGUAUAAGUAUAGGGCCUUUUAGUGAUACUUAUUAUAUUGUUCAUAUGUUGGCAAAAUGUAUUAAUUUGGCUGAAAGAGAUCAUUUAAUUUAUUUAAUAAGCAAGUUAGCUCUAGAUAAGCAAAAUGUUCGUGAUUUAAUUGCGGCUGAUUCUCUUCCCCUUCUAAUUGAUAUUGCUGUAUUAGCACAUUUACAUACUAAUAGAGCUAAAUUACAUGCACAAACAAAUGUUAUUGAAGCACCAAAAGGAACAAUAGAUUCUGAAGAAAGUGCUCCUAAGGAAUGGUAUUAUAAUGAUAAACAAGGACAAAGGAAUGGGCCUUAUUCAUUUCGCAAGAUUAAACAAUUAUUUUGUGAUGGAACAUUAUUCGAGAAAAGUGAAAUUUGGGCUGAAGGUUUGGAUAAAUGGUGUUAUCUGUCAUCGGUCGCACAAUUCCGUUGGACUAUCUGUUGUAAUCAACAUUCUUUAAUUGGUCAAACAUCUUCAAUUAAGUCGGAUGAGAACGAGAAAUCUAAAGAUAUCGAUUUAUUACCAGUAGCUUUGUAUAAUCCAACAGAUUUGUGUUCAUUAAUUCUUGAUACAUUAAUACAAAUGUGUUCAUUCUUUCCUUCAAGAGAUGAGACUGGAGCUAUUAUAAGACCUUUACCUAAAGUAAAGAAAAUUCUUUCGGAGCCAGUUUUGUUAUAUCAAUUAGUUCAACUUUUGUUGACAUAUGAUCCAGCGAUUGUUCAAAGAAUAGGAACUCUUGUUCAUUUAAUUAUGGAAGAUAAUAAUGCAUUGUCUCGUCUAUACCUCUCUGGCAUUUUCUUUUUUAUUUUAAUGUAUAAUGGAUCAAAUAUAUUACCUAUUGCACAUUUUCUUAAAUAUGCACACUUAAAACAAGCUUUUCGAUCAACACUUUCUGCUUCAGAAUUAGCUUCCCGUUCUGUUUUAUGUCCAAUGCUACCUGAAGCAAAUAUUUUUUAUUUGGAGCAAUACGGUGCUGAAAAAUAUGCUGAAGUUUUUCUGGGAGAAUCACAAAAUCCAGAAUGUAUUUGGAAUAGCGAUAUGAGAAAACACAUGAUUAACAAAAUUGCUCUUCACGUUGCUGACUUUUCUAAUCGUCUUUCUUCAAACGUUAAAGCUUUAUAUAGGUAUUGCCCUAUUCCUCCAAUAGAAUAUGAUCAAUUAAAGGAAGAGCUUUUUUGUCAUUUUUAUUAUCUUCGCCAUUUAAUUGAUGAAAAACGUUUCCCAUUAUGGCCAAUAAGAGAACCUGUCGAAUUUUUACGUUCUUGUCUCUCUGCAUGGCAAAAUGAGAUAACUAGAAAACCUACAAAAAUGUCUAAUGAACAGGCUUGUGAACGGUUAGGCUUAGAUAUAAAAGACAAAUCAAGUUGGAGCGAUCCUGUAGCUGUUCGCCGUGCAUAUUUUAAAUUAGCACAAAAAUAUCAUCCAGACAAAAAUCCUGAUGGAAGAGAACAAUUUGAACAAAUAAAUUAUGCUUAUGAAUUUUUAACUUCAACAUUGGCGCGUGCAAGUUUAUCACAAGAACCGGAUAUUAAUAGAAUUAUUGUAAUAAUUAAAGCGCAAAGUAUUACUUACAAAAGGAAUUUGAAAGUUUUGUCACCUUAUAAAUAUGCUGGAUAUACCCAAUUAAUUAAAACUAUUGAUUUGGAGUCGGCAGAUGAUGCUUUAUUUUCAAAUCAGAAGGGAGGUGAAAGUGGACAAUUAUUAAUAUCUGCUGUAGAACUUUGUUAUUGGACUUUGAAAAGUUCUCCUUUAAAUGCUGAACAAUUGAGAAGAGAUGGUGGAUUGGAGGUUUAUUUUUUAACUGAAAUUUUGGGGAUAUUUUGGGAAUUGCUUGGAUUUUUCCCCGUGGUCCAAAUCACCUUAAUCUCUUUAUGUCUCCAGGUAUCCUUUCUUAAUCACCUCAAAGACUCCUUAUUCCCUUCAAAUCUACCUUAA